AGCUGAUCAGCGCUCCAGGGCGGCGGCAGACACGCGGACGAUCACUACAACAGCACGUUCACGCAGCGGCGACCACAGCUGAUUCUCCGGUUCAGUGUUUCUGUGUACUGAGCGGAGCUUCAUCAAGCUUUGAAAACCAAAUAAAACCAGUUGAACUGCUCGUCGCGCAGCAGCGAGCGUCGAAAACAGGAAAGCGCGCGCGCGCGCGAUCUACGUCAUCCCACGUCAUCAACAUGCGACCAGAAUGUGUCAGUCGCCUUCGGACGAAGGACACAAAUGUUGUAACGUGAAUACUGCAGGUGCCACAGAUUUUACCACUGGAUAACAGCUACAUCUUUUCCUGGCAGGAAGGAUCCGACACAAGCUGCAGCUCAUCGAAGGACGAACACGACGCGUAGCUCCUGGCUGACUGUUCUCAUCAUCUUCCAUGGAUGUGGCAGAUUCCUGAGCAGAGAGAAUGACAUCAGAGGCUGCAGUCGCCACACCUGCUGCCAUAGGCAGCGCCCCCGGCAAGAGGGACUACCACUGGAUUCGCUCCUUUGUAGCCGGAGGUGUUGCAGGAUGCUGUGCCAAGAGUACCAUCGCUCCCCUGGACAGAGUCAAGAUUCUUCUUCAAGCCCAGAACCCCCAUUACAAACAUCUCGGAGUGUUUUCCACUCUCCAAGCUGUGCCAAAGAAAGAAGGCUUCCUCGGCUUGUACAAGGGUAACGGGGCAAUGAUGGUCAGGAUAUUUCCAUAUGGAGCUAUCCAGUUCAUGGCCUUUGACAAAUAUAAAAAGAUGCUAAGCAAAAAGAUGGGGAUCUCUGGACACAUCCACCGCCUCAUGGCAGGCUCGAUGGCAGGGAUGACUGCGGUGAUAUUCACCUACCCUCUGGAUGUGAUCCGAGCCAGACUGGCCUUCCAGGUGACGGGAGAGCAUCGCUACACUGGAAUUGCCAAUGCCUUCAACACCAUCUACCUUAAGGAGGGGGGCAUUCCGGGCUUCUACAGGGGACUUACCCCAACACUUAUUGGAAUGGCCCCUUAUGCAGGGUUCUCAUUCUUCACCUAUGGAACCUUGAAGAGCCUCGGCUUGAAACAUUUCCCAGAGAUGCUCGGACGCCCCUCCUCAGACAACCCGGACGUCCUGGUUCUGAAAACCAAAGUCAACCUGCUCUGCGGCGGGGUCGCUGGUGCCAUCGCUCAGACGAUAUCGUACCCGUUGGAUGUGGCGAGGAGAAGAAUGCAGUUAGGCGCCUUGCUCCCUGACUCGGAGAAAUGUGUAUCACUGAGCAAGACCCUGAAGUACGUGUACAGGGAGUACGGGAUCAAGAAGGGACUGUAUCGAGGCCUUUCUCUCAACUACGUCCGCUGUGUCCCCUCUCAAGCCGUGGCCUUCACCACCUACGAAUUCAUGAAGCAGGUCCUGCACCUGAACUAGCCGCUGUUUUUUUACCUGGAGCCACACCGAGUCACGGGGCAGCUCAACUGCAACGCUUUCUUCACCGAGUGAAUGCGAGACUCGCUUGCUACGUCUUAAACUCCUCAACGUGGGCAUUGCCUUUUCCUUGAGUUCACUGAAGGCACCAGGGGAAGUCACUUGAUUCUAUGAAAUGAAAACCAGAUAUCAAACAACAAGUUAACCCCCUGUGCCUGUUUGUGUUUCAUUCCUUCCUAUUUCUUGUGACUUGCCACCUUUUAAGUGAUGGUGAACUGAACCACACAACAUGUGGCUUAUAUUCGAACAACUCCCUCAUCAGCGUCUCCAUGGAUACAGUGGGGCAGCAGCCUCUUUGGCCUGGUUUGGUUGGUUGGACGGAUGGCUUACAGCAAUGAUAUACUCCUCAACAAUGUUGCCGACAACACAGCAACAACCCUCUGAUUGUGUAGCAGACACGGAUCUCCACCCACUUGUCUCUUCCUGAUUUUAAGAUGGACAUCUGCCUAAAAAUAAUCAAAUUCGCUUCGUAACAAUCAUUGUCUUUUAUUGUUUUACGAAAAUUCAAUGAUGUGUAUUUAUUUAAAAACCUAUAUCACCCUUAAACACUUGAGUUCUACAGCUACACACUUUCUUUAUUGUCUAUUAUGUCUUCGUCUUAGCGAUUUGACUUGUUGAAAGCUUCCUGAAAUUGUAAAAUGAUCUUGUGUCAUAAUGUUUUGUUUAUUUGGGUUUUAGUGUAUUCGACACAAAUCUGAGAUUGAUAUAACACACUUUACCUGCUGAGUUAUUUUUUUAAAAGAUGCAGUACCCUGGGUUGCACAUGUUUUCAGUUUUUCAGUGUCAAAGAAACUUCACAAUUUUAUUGCCAAACAUUGAAUGGGGCAGUUACUGUAUGUGUAUUAAUUUGCUGGAAAAACGUCAAAUGUGUACUCAGAUGAUUAAUGUGUAGCAUGUUUGAUGAAAUUGAAUUUUUUACGUCCAUGCUCAGCUGUGAUCAGUAAGAUGAGGGGGGAGUCAGACGUUAUGACAUGAACUGAAUGUAUGUCUGACGUAUGUCUGGAGUGAGUCGUUUACCUGAAUGAUCUCAGGAGAAAAUUUGCACUGAAGCGUUUUCUUUUUGUAUUUAUUGAUUUAGCGACCUGUUGCCACUGGGUGGCAGCGUUGAAUAUCAAAUGAAUUGUUUACCAUCAGAGCUGGAUACAGACACUCAUACAUAUUUCAUGCACCUCUUUUCAAAUACAAGUCAGAAUAGGCUCUUUA